GGGGCCUCGGCCAGGACUGCAAACUGAGUCCGGCUUGGAGCAGGCCCAGAUCCUCCCAAGGUGUCCAUGGACUGGACAAUGAAGCUGGCCACGGCAGCCCUGUUUCUGGGUCUCACGAUGGUGGUCACCAGAGAUGAGGACGAAGGCGACAUGUGUUUGUAUGAGGCCCUGUCUGACACCGAUGCUGUCCUCUGCAAGGGCCUUGAAGUUUUCUACCCAGAGCUGGGGAACAUUGGCUGCAUGUUUGUUCCUGACUGCAACAACUACCGACAGAAGAUCACCCACUGGGCUGAGCCCAUAGUCAAGUUCCCUGGGGCUUUGGAGGGCGCAACCUACAUCCUGGUGAUGGUGGAUCCAGAUGCCCCAAGCAGGUCUUCUCCCAAAGCUCAAUUCUGGAGACACUGGCUGGUAACUGAUAUCAAGGGCAUUGAUAUAAAGAAAGGGAAGCUCCAGGGCCAGGAGUUGUCACCGUACCAGCCUCCCUCCCCGCCAGCACAAACUGGCUUCCACCGCUACCAGUUCUUCGUCUAUCUUCAGGAAGGAAAGAACAUCUCUCUCCACUCCAAAGAGAACAAAACUCGAGCCUCUUGGAAAAUGGACAAAUUCCUGAACCGCUUCCACCUGAGCGAACCAGAAGCAAGCACCCAAUUCAUGACCCAAAAUUACCAGGACUCGCCAAGUUACCAGACUCCCGGAACAGGAAGCUCGGAGCCCAGGGACAAACCCAAAUAGAGACAACUGCCUGCCAGACAUCAGGCUUCGCGCUGCAGAUGUGUGUGUCCACCAUGCCCCGCCAGUCGGUCUGAGUGUAGAACCCUCUCUGGGUAGGGAACCCCUUCUCUCCCAAAUUAAAAAAAAAAAAAUCAUCCAGGGCA